AUGCAUAUGUAUGAAUUCCUGUUACGGUGGAACGAACAGUUUUCCGCAAAUCACGGACAGGAGUCUGGUGCAUGCGCUAACAACCACAGGAUGGAAUCUUAUCGAUAUUUCGUUCGCAUAGAACAAUAUUGUGUUAUUUAUUCGCGGACUGAGGGAACUGCCACAUUUUACACUCCUCCAUAUGUCCCAUCGUCGUGCUAUGGAUACGACCCCUCGCAAUUUCCAGCGGGAGAUUUGUUUGCGGCGGCAAGUGAUGCAUUCUGGGACAACGGAGCCGCCUGUGGAAGUAGUUACAGAGUGAGUUGCACUGGCGGGACAAAUGAGGGCGUUGCCGUGCCGUGUAAGAGCGGAUCGAUUGUGGUGAAGAUUGUUGAUUAUUGCCCUGCUGGAUGCCGUGGCACCAUCGAUUUAUCUCAAGCUGCCUUCGCUGAUAUCGCCGAUCCUGAUGAAGGCAAAAUUAAAAUCAACUAUGAACAGGUUUGAGCAUGCCGAGCAACAGUAUUAUUACGAGUAAAUAAAAGCAGCAGCAUAUAUAUAUUAGCGGAUGUUGCCAUAAGCCGUAACUACCUUUACUGUUGGCGUGUGAUUUAAGAAGAAUAAUGCUAUGAAUAUGCGUCUUAAUGUAUAAAACAAAGAAUUAUUGAAUAAUGCAGUCUAUCUCAGUGCUAUCCGUUGUACUUGUUUUUAUUAUGAUCAAUUUUGUAGUCCGGUUGGUUGGAUCCCAAAAUUUUAAUAAAAAUGAUUUUAGGUUUAAUAUUU